UACAAAACGACGGAAGCGCCUGAACAGCAGCAGAAGAAGAAGCUGAAGGAGCAUCAGUGUGUUCACAUGGAGCAGGAAUAUAAAGAUAAAUAAUACGGAUUAAUUCACUAAAAGUGUUAGAAGUGUUAUAAACACCGCGUCCGUUAUAAAUACUCACCGUGUUCCCUGUCGUGUCCUGCGUGGUGUUCGUGAUGUUUACUCGGUUUGUCCUUCACAGUGUGUGUGAUUGUGUCAGGACUCAGAAGUUCUCCCUCACAGCAGGCAGGAACACAGUGAUAGUGGAGCGAUGGUGGCAGGUUCCCCUGUCGAAGGAAGGCAGUCCUCCCAGACUCCACCCUCGCCGUCACAGGGUUUAUCGCUUGGUUGAAGACACAAAGAACAGCAGGAAGGAUAAAAUGGAGCUUCUGCUCACACAGACCGUCCCCAAGCUCGGUGGUCGAGGCGACACCGUGUUUGUGAAGAAGUCUGUGGGGAGAAACAAGCUCCUGGCUGAAGGUCUGGCUGUUUAUCCUUCAGCUGAGAACAGGGAGAUGUUUGCUGAGGAGAGACGUGUUCUGCGUGAGGGAAAGAAAGAGGACAGAAUUCAGACGAGGACAGGACAACUGACGGUGGAAUUCCUGAAAAAUUCCCGUCUAGACGUGGGGAUCCAGCCGGCGGCUCAGCAGAGCUUCAUCCUGACCAAGGAAAACGUUUGCAGGCAAUUUUUGCGAAAACUGGGUGUGGUCGUCCCCCCUCAUGCUCUCACGUUACCAGAUGAGCCGAUCGCACGGUUUGGACAUUUCUGGUGUGACAUCACGGUGAACGGCUUGGACACAGUACGAGUUCCGCUGUCUGUAGAACCGUACAUCGAACCGAGGAAGAAGAAACUUGAAGCAGCAGCAGCAGCAGUGAUGGAAACCCCAGCAGCAUCAGAGCUGGAGUAACGACCCCAGUCCCAGUCUGACCUUCACACACAUCCCAUUAAAGCUACAUGUCUUUCUUUA